UCUUUCCUCUCAGUGUGCAGUUGGUAGCUUUGAGCCGAACACGGUCACCCAGGUCUCUGGGUGUUUCUCCUCUAAGCCAGCUGGUCUGGCUUUUAUACCUUCUUCUCGUCCUCUUUUACUCCUCUGUUCCAUUUCAUCCCUUCUUUUCUGAGCUAAAGGAUAGAGUGUUCUGACCCACAGCUGGAGCUGUAGGGAACCUUCCUGGGGAAGAUAAUACAAGCAGCACUGGUGCUCUGUAAACCAAUGGACCCGAGGCCCUUAGAGACCACCCUGAUGAAACACUCAGACACAGACUGACUGACACAGAUGAGAGAGAGAUUGAGAUAAAGCCAGAAGGGGAGAGAGAGAGAACCGAAACCUGAAACGCAUGCAGGAGGAUCUGGGGCUGAAGCUUUGACAGAACAGAAGGAAGUGCAAGUAAUUGACUGGUGCGAAUGCCAGAGGAAUUGAGAGGAGACAAAAAAAGAAAAGAGAAUACUGCUGUGAGGAUUGAGACGAGAAGGAGAACAGGACUUUUGGGGACAGGAGAGAAAGAGAAGGAGUGAAGAUGGGGAGGAAAAAGAUCCAGAUAGCACGGAUUAUGGAUGAACGCAACAGACAGGUGACGUUCACCAAGAGGAAGUUUGGCCUGAUGAAGAAGGCGUACGAGCUGAGCGUGCUGUGUGACUGUGAGAUCGCCCUCAUCAUCUUCAACAGCACCAACAAGCUGUUCCAGUACGCCAGCACCGACAUGGACAAGGUGCUGCUCAAGUACACCGAGUACAACGAGCCUCACGAGAGCAGGACCAACUCUGACAUCGUGGAGACUCUGCGAAAGAAGGGUCUAAAUGGCUUUGACAGUCCCGACAUCGAGGCAGACGACUCUGCUGGUCAGAGCCCCGAGUCAGAGGAUAAAUACCGCAAGAUCAACGACGACAUCGACCUCAUGAUCAGCAGACAGAGACUCUGUCAGGCUCUCCCCCCCUCUAACUACGACAUGAUUGGCUCCAUCCAGGGCCAAAAUAACAGCGGACUACUCUACUCUCAACCUGGGGCGGGGGGUUCCUUAGGAAACCACAAUCUGCCGCCCCUCUCGCACACACACCCCGGGCUGCAGAGGAACAGCAUGUCGCCUGGACCCCAACACACACACCGAACCCCCAGCGCUGGAAACGCAGGAGGGAUGAUGGUCUCGGAGCUGUCGAACGCCGUCUCUAACACUGGUAAUGGUAGCUAUGGUAACCACCGUCACUCUCCGGGGCUGCUGUCUCCGGGAUGUGUGGCCAAAGGCAUGCAGGCCAAGACUCCGCCCCUGAUGACCUCCAUGACCCUGAGUGGUAACCGCAAGCCAGACCUCCGCACGCUGCUGCCCCCUGGCAACAAAAACAACAUGCCCUCAGUCAACCAGAGAAUAAACCACUCCCAGUCUGCCCAGUCUUUGGCUACUCCUGUGGUCUCCAUAGCAACACCUACUCUGCCCGGGCAGGGUAUGGGAGGGUACCCCUCUGCCCUCUCCACCUCCUAUGGCACAGAGUACUCUCUGGGUGACCUGAGCUCUCUGUCAGGCUUCGGAGGGAACGGCUCUGGAUCAGUUCACCUGGGAUCAGUAACAGGCUGGCAGCAACAACAGCUACAGAACAUGCAGCACUCAGCAUUAGGACACAUGGGAAACCUUUGUCAGAACUCCAACCUCAACCUCCAGAAUGUCCAUCAGAACCUUCACAUCAAGUCAGAGCCCGCCUCCCCGCCCAGAGAUCGAGGCAUCGGAUUUGUCAGCGGAGGGAUGGGGGCCGUGUCCCAGGGCUACCUAACAAAUCAAGGCCCAGCCGAGGCAGGGCGGUCUCCUGGCGACAGCCUAUCCAGCUGUGGGAGCUCAUACGACGGCAGCGACCGCGAGGAUCACCGCGGAAACGACAACUUCCUGCUGCGCCCGAUGUCCAAUCAGGAGGAACGCCACAGCCCGUCCGUCAAACGCAUGCGCCUAUCAGAAGGCUGGGCUACAUGAUAAGGCCCACCCCUGAUGAUUCACUGGGGGGGGCUUGUGUAGAGUUACCUUUAGUGUUACCCUGACUAUUAUUAAUCCUGUGUCCAAAACGGCACCCUAUUCCCUACAUAGUGCUCUUGCCAAAAAGUAAUGCACUUUAUAGAGAAUAGGGUGUGAUUUCAGAUUUGGCCUAUAUUCUUCUUGUGCAGAGUGAGAGUGUUACACUAUAACAGGGACAUUAUAUACAGGAGUGUGUGUGUGUGUGUGUGGGGGGGGUUAUAAUAGAGACAUAAACUGUGUCUCAAAUGGCGCUCUAUUGCCCAUGUAGUGCGCUACCUUUGGCCAAAAGUAGUGACACCGCAUGGGACAUAGGGAGUUACUUGAGACGGCAGUGACAUGCAAGGAGUGAGGGUUGAUAUGGAGUGGUGGGAGUCUGUGUGGGAGGGGGGGGGGGGGCUGCAAUUUCUUGCGUUGUGUGUUUGUGAGGGAGGGAAUAAGUCAAUGAAUAUGUACACUAUGUAAACUAACUAAGAAAAGGUUGAAGAUGUCUGGUACUCUGUAUGGCCAAGCUACUGGUGAGUUCAGUAAUAUACUAGGAGACACAAGGACAGGCACUGAGGAGUGGACACGUCACGGUGGAUUUGUGUGUGUGUGUGGAUGAGUGUCUACGUCUGUGAGUGUGUGCACACUGGUGUGUGUGUGUGUGUGUGUGCCAUGUACUACCUAGGCCCAGUCUGCAGCUGGCUGACUAGCAGACAGAUAGUGCGAGUGUUCACUACAACUCGUGCAUGUUGCAGGUUCAACGUAUUCAUGUGUAUAACGAGGGAGGGUAGGCAGAGAAAGAGAGAGAACGGGACAGAGUGACAAAGGCAGGAAGAAAGAGAGAGAUGAAGGGGGGGCAGAUGGAAGUGAAAGAGAAAGACAGAAAAGAAGAGAGCGACAGAGGGAGAAAGAGACAGGGAGGAAGCCAUUAUGCAACAGGUUGCACAGAGCUGGAACAAAUAGAAUAAGAAGUCAUUCUAAUAUUCAAAUUCUACGGCUGGAACCCUGGACAACUAGAAUAUCUCACUUGAAGUGAAGAAGCGUAGGAAUCGUAGUUCAAUUCAGUCAAAAUACUUUUUAAGAGCCAUAUGCUGACCAAUAUAAUCUGGGUCGUAUACAGUACGGUGUUACUCAUCCAGAUAUACAAUACAGUUUGCAUUGUAUAAGAAAUGCUUCGUUUAGUCAAUUGAGAUUGAGCCAGUGUGUGUGUGCGCGUGCGCGUGUGUGUGUGUGUGUGUGUGAGAGAGAGAGAGAGAGAGUGUGUGAGAGUGUGUGUGAGAGUGUGUGAGAGUGUGUGAGAGAGAGAGAGAGAGAGUGUGUGAGAGUGUGUGUGUGAGAGUGUGUGAGAGAGCCUUGCCUGUUUUAGCAGCCGGCGAGGCAAAGCCACGGGGAGGAAGGGGUGUGAGUUUAGACAGACAGAACUCCUAAAGCCAUAUAAUAAGAUGAGAAGUUGAUGCUUUGCUGCACAUACCAGUGGUCUCCUCUUUAUAGUCUCCUGGUUUUGAGAAAAAGUAUAUUCCUUACCUAAUUCUAUAAAAUAAUUGUACGAAUAUUUUUUAAAACGUCUGUGACAUUACGGAUGCCUAUAGUUCUAUUUAAAAAAUAAUGACAACAUUGUUCAAAUCUAGAUCAAACCUUGUUUUUCUUCACAGUGGGGGUUAUUAUGUAGCUGUGUGCAGGUGGACAUAUUUUCUAUCCAUCUCGAACAUUCAGGGAAAUGUUUAGUUUAAACCUUCUCGACCUGCCAACGGUGUUAUGUUAGCCUGAUAACACGUUCUUUAGGAAGGGUUGCUUUGACACCCAGACCAAGCCUUCCCCUGGACUAAAAAUGCUGGCUAAAUGGAGAAUCUCCAUUGAAGGUGUGUGUUAAUCCGGGAAUAGGGCUCAAUCAGGGUUCUGGAAGAUCUAAUCUCAGGCUGCAGAGUCAGUGUAUAGACAGAGAAAUGGCUGAACUGCUGCCUCUCCUCCCGUCAGACAAUAUUACGGGAGACCCACCUAGAAGCCUAACUUCUGACUUUGAAAGUCACAUUUGUUCCAUUUUGCCAGGUUGCAAUACAAUACAAUACUGACUGAGGUCAGUAGACUACAAGAGGGCGGAGCCCCACAAUGGGUUAUAGACUAACCAACAGCCUGAUGCUAUAUCCCGUUCACCUAACUCAUCAGAGCUACUGUGUUCCUUUUCUUUGUCUUCGAUAUUAGAAUGAUUUGCCUGUACUGCUCAAAUCUGGCAUUUACAUGCACCUCAAAUGUACCCCACACAUUUUCAUAGCAUGUUGGUUUCGAGUGGGAUUCUGAGAAUGUUGUGUAAAUUCUAUUCAAUUAACAAUAGGUCUACUCCAUGUAAAACCCACUUUUUAACUAUAGAAUUUUAAUGCUUUGUGAAAGAAUUAUGACUUUACAUCUCAAUUAAUGUCCUUCUGUAUCUAAAGUUAGGGUCCCUGGAUGGUCUGGCUAUAAUGCUCUAUGUUGGAUUCUGUUCUUUUCAAUGAACUUUAUACAACUGCUAACCGCAUGGCCUUGGGUAGUGCACUCAGAGAGUGUGUGUCGCUAAGGCCUCCUAAUCCAGACAUGGACGUGUUUCUGAGGGGAAGGUUUGGGCGCGACAAGGCUCCAAGCGGCAGAAGCAGGCCUUUGUCGCCACUUGAAGACAACAUGUUUCUCACUAAAGGAAGGGAGCAAACGUCUGUACUUCUUAGCCGACGGAAGUAAACAUGUAUUUUCCCGCACGGGCGAUGAAUUAAAUGGUAUUUUGCAGUCAAACUCAAGUAAAUAUACAGGCUCUUUACUUUUAAA